GGUGUUUCCGUCGCUCCUUGCCGGGCAUAAUGGCCGCGCAGCGACCCCUGCGGGUCCUGUGCCUGGCGGGCUUCCGGCAGAGCGAGCGGGGCUUCCGUGAGAAGACCGGGGCGCUGAGGAAGGCGCUGCGGGGUCGCGCCGAGCUCGUGUGCCUCAGCGGCCUGCACCCGGUCCCCGACCCCCCGGGCCCCGAGGGCGCCAGAUCAGACUUCGUGUCCUGCCCUCCGGAGGAGCAGCCUCGAGGCUGGUGGUUUUCAGAGCAGGAGGCCGACGUUUUCUCCGCAUUGGAAAAGCCCGCCGUAUGCAGGGGCCUGGAGGAAUCACUGGGGAUGGUGGCACAGGCACUGAACAGGCUGGGGCCUUUUGACGGCCUUCUUGGUUUCAGCCAAGGGGCUGCGCUAGCAGCCCUUGUGUGUGCCCUGGGCCAGGCAGGCGAUCCCCGCUUCCCCUUGCCACGGUUUAUCAUCUUGGUGUCUGGUUUCUGUCCCCGGGGCAUUGGGUUCAAGGAAUCCAUCCUGCAAAGGCCCUUGUCAUUGCCUUCGCUCCAUGUUUUUGGGGACACUGACAAAGUCAUCCCCUCUCAGGAGAGUAUGCAACUGGCCAGCCGAUUUCCCGGAGCCAUCACCCUCACCCACUCUGGUGGCCACUUCAUUCCAGCAGCUGCACCCCAGCGUCAGGCCUACGUCAAGUUCUUGGACCAGUUUGCAGAGUGAAAGAUCAAGAAAUGUCUCUGCUCCUACAACCAGCUCCUCUAGGGGUAGCCUCCGUCAUCCAUGCCCUCCCAGGACCCUCCACUCACUGCUGUGAGUGCGCCUCACCAGGACCAGUUAAGAGACAACUAUCAAUUCUUGAGACCCAAAUUAUAUGGGCCCUGCCCUGCACUGAAGAAAAGGGGAGCACAAGGCUUUAAUGGACAUUGACUUGUGAAAACGCAAACAUGAAUAUGGUUGGAGAGCCCUGGAUUAGGAGGGUGACAUGGGGAAGGCAGAGGCUGGCACAUGGUGACUGCCACAUAAUAAAGUGGUGAUUUGGA